GAAGUCAGGGCCCCCGGCGCUGCGAGCCCGCGGGGUGCACGGCCACCUCCCCACGACAGUUUCCAGGGCUGCGGCUGAAGCUCGCAGCGGGAUCUGGCUGACCUAUCGAGCGGUGCGGAUUCGCCCAUGAGGUCGCUCCCUAGUCUAAAGUCACCCGUCGGAGGAGCCUGUGAAGAGUCUCUCUCUCUCUCUCUCUUGCCCCCCAGCCUUCCUUUCUAGAGAAAUCCUCGGCACCGCGUGCUUUUCCUUCAGAAGAGCCGCCACCCCACGUGCCAGAAUCAAGAAGGAAAAACAAGAGUCGGUUCAUCCGGACAAGAAGGGGCUGGCCAUGUCCUGAUGAGAAAGUCUCGGGUGUUCAUAAAUGAGUUACACAACGGUGAAUUAAAGAGAGGAGGGAAUUCAACACAUAGGGAGGGCGGGUAUUUUUCAUUCGCUGUUUUAUUUUGUUUUGUUUUAACCCGUGUUUUGUUUUAACCCAUUGUAAGGACAAGGGUAAAAGCUGACGGCCAAAGGGUUCGUCUCAGAAAUCGAGAAAGCAAAAAAAAAAAAAAAAAAAGACAUCGUCGGUGCUGCUUAAAGUAGAGAGAACGAGAUAAAGGAGGGUUGGGAGGUGUCCUUGUGGAACCACAACAGGAACCCAACGUCGGAAGCUUCUGGUGGGCAAAACGGACUCAACCUCGGAACGUAAUUUCCGCGAGUGCAGUUUUCCCGCCGGAGCUUGGAUGUGCGGCAGCCUUCCUCCUGCGCAGGCGCAGUGCCUCGGAGGCGAGGAUGGAAGCCGCGGGCCUCCUGUGUUUGGCUGCGGCGGCGCUCCUGGCGUGGGGUUUCCUCCGGGUUUGGGACUCCCGGGAAAGAACGAAGAGUCAGGAGCAGGCUGGCGUCCUGGGGGAUGGCAGCAGGACCUUGCUGGUGAUCGCGCACCCGGACGAUGAAGCCAUGUUCUUUGCUCCCACGGUGCUGGGCUUGGCCCGCCUGGGGCAUCGGCUGUCCUUGCUCUGCUUCUCUGCAGGAAAUUUCUACAAUCAAGGGGAGAUUCGUAAGAAAGAACUUUUGCAGAGCUGUGAUGUUUUGGGGAUUCCACCCUCCAGUAUAAUGAUUAUUGACAACAGGGACUUCCCAGAUGACCCAAGUGUGCAGUGGGACACUGAGCGUGUGGCUAGUAUCCUCCUCCAGCACAUUGAAAUGAACAGCAUCAACCUGGUGGUGACUUUCGAUGAAGGGGGAGUAAGUGGUCACAGCAAUCACAUUGCUCUGUAUGCAGCCAUGAGGACCCUGCACUCAGAAGGGAGGUUACCUAAAGGGUGCUCCGUGCUCACGCUUCAGUCAGUGAAUGUGUUACGCAAGUAUAUCUCCCUUCUGGACCUGCCCUUUACUCUGCUUCGUAGGCAGGAUGUCCUCUUUGUGCUCACCAGCAAAGAAGUGGCACAGGCCAAGAGAGCCAUGUCCUGCCACCACAGCCAGCUGCUCUGGUUCCGCCGCCUCUAUGUGCUCUUCUCCAGAUACAUGAGAAUCAACUCCCUGUACUUCCUCUGAAGCCUUGAAGAAUUUUCUGAUCCAAGGAACAAAGGGAGAAAAAUGGCCAGAACGCCCGGGUCCUGGCCUUGAGCUGGCCUAUAGCCCUGAACCAAAGGAGAUCCCGGUGUGGGGAGGCCUUCCAGAGCUCUGCUGCUCUGUGCUGUGAGGCUCUAACAAAAGGGGGGCCAUGCAGACCAGUGGGUUGUCCAAACGUCAGCUUCUUCCUCUGGGAAAAAAAACCCCACAGCAGCCAAAACCAAACAAACCCAAGGAUAAUAAUAGCUACCCUGUUAGCUUCUCUAGUUCUUCUGAAAAACAGGUUACAUAAUGACGUGAUGUAUGUCAAAACACCUAGCAUAGAGCCUGCUAUUAUUAUAAAUGAUCGUAAAAGCGCUCUGAAAUCAC